AUUACUUUCAUAAAAAUGUCGAGAAAUUAAAUCUCUUUUAAGUAACCUGUGAAUAAGGUGUUAUUCCUAAUAGUACACGAAAUUCAAUAAGGCACACAUAGGAGAGAAAGUUUAUACAUUUCAAUAAGUUUACAUCAUGAGUUCAAUAUUAGAAUCAUCAAAUAUGAAGGAUAUUCCUAAGAUGUGGUUGAGGAAGUUUGCAACGGUGAUGCUGGCAUUCGAGAGUGUGAAGAAGGAUGGACAUAUCGGCAAUGACUGCGCAAUGAAUAUUGCAGACCGUAUUAUCAAAAUAGGUGAUUUAAAAGGAGAUUCAGCAGAUAGGGUAAUCACGUACUACAAGGUGUUUGCUGAAAGCUUUGGUAAUGGUACAGUAUGGAGGAAACACUGGGUAGAUCACAUGAUAAGUGUCUGGUCAAUCCUGAAGAAUCCAGAGACUCGUGAAGAAUGGAUCAAGACUGCAAGGACAUCUUUUGGCCAAUUUUUCCAGGCUCUUGAUUUCAACGCUGAUGGCUUUAUUACAUUUGAUGAGUACUCAAUCUUCUGGAAAGCCUAUGACCUGGAUCCACAGUUUGCCAGAACACAGUUUGAUUACAUGGAUACUGACAACGAUGAGAAGAUUAACCAGGAAGAAUUUGUGGAAGCAUUCAUUGAAUAUGUCUGCAACACUGACAAGGAAGAUUCACCAAAUCGGUUCUUUGGACCUUUACUUACUAAUCUUUAGUUUGUGGAACUAUUGAUAUUUGAUAGUGCAUAUAGUGAGAACUUUGUCACAUGAAAUCAGACAUAACAUGUAUCAGGAGUUAACAACCUGUACUAAUUAAACUAACUUCAAUUUGCAAUAAAACUGAGCUUUCUUACAUUUAGUUGUUGUGUCCUCGUCGCACAUGACAUUACAGAGCACAUAUCUAGGUCUCUUGUGUUUUUUUAUUUUUUAUAU